GAGUAAACACAGAGACGAGCACCAGUUGGGAAACACUCUAUGGAAAUCACGCGGAUGAGCGGACGCCUCCAAAGUAACUGUAUGGAAAUCACGCAGAUGAGCGGACGCAUCCAAUGUAUGAACGAACACACCUAGUAUAAGCCACUUUAGUAAUAAACAAUUACCGCCUGCCACGGGUUCUUACAUUUGGUGCCGUGACCUCACAACCCAUGAAGAUCCCCUGGCCGGAGCCAUUUGAAGACGGGGAUGUGAAGGUGUUUUUGGAGGAUUUCGAGGAGGUGGCAGAGGCGGUAGGACUGAAGACGGACCGGGCGAAGAUGGCGGCCCUGCGGAGUCUCCUCAAGGGCAGGGCGAAGGCGGUUCUGGAGGCGGCGCGAAGAGGUCCGGUCAAGUUGGAGUGGACCGCCGCGAAGGAAGCGUUGCUCUCUGGCCUGGACACGCCAGCGGACCGCCAGGAGGCGAUGCGACGGUUCAAGGCGUCGCGGCUUGGUGCGGGGACGGAUCCCCUCGUGUUUGCGGUGCACCUCAGGAGCUUGUUGGACCGCGCCUUGCCGGGGUUGGAUGGGCCGUCAAGGACGCAGUUGCUGGUGGAUCAGUUUUUGGCCGGCCUCCCACAGCCAACCGCGGAGCGCGUUCGGAUUGCAAAUGCCACUCGGAAGAUGCAAUUGGAGGAGCUGGCGCAAGUUACUCGAGACCUGGGCGACGCACCACUAGCUGCGCUGAAGGAAGAGCCACGUGAGAAUGUGGAACGGAUGGACAAAUUGGAACGGAUGAUGGAGCAGCUUACGGAAGACAUCAAUGGGCUUCGCGUUCAGCGUUAUCGGGUGCGCACAAAGGGAUGUUGCUUCAUCUGCGGGAACCCGGGGCACUGGAAAAGACAAUGUCCGCAGAGGCGUGGUGUUACUCGGGUGUCGAAUAAACGUGUGCAACCUUAUUUUUCUUUUCGAAUCAAAGAUUGUGUACUUGGGGCGUUGAGCAGGAGUGCGGUUGAAGCAAUGGUGGAAGUAGACGGAACGAUGGAAAGGUGUCUGAUCGAUACGGGUGCCGCGGUGUCACUAAUCAACCAUCGACAAGGUGAAAAGCUGCAGUCGUGCUGCACGAUCGUAAGAGCGGUUGGCGGUCAUUCAGUGGGAAUUGAUGGUAUAGCCGAACACACCGUAGGAAUCGGGGGACGAAAGCGAACACACUCCUUUCUCGUUUCACCAGAUGCGAAACAAACCAUAUUGGGAGCAGAUUUCCUGGAGCUCAAUAAAGCUGUCAUUGAUCUAAAGCGUGGGAAGUUGCUAAUGGAAUGCGGGUCACUACCACUCAUUAAUCGUGGAGAAAUGCGAUCUUCGCAGUCGGUCGUUGCUGUGUUACAUUUGAGCCCAUCAUUGCAGUCGCUGAUUAACAAAUACCAACCCUUGUUUACGGAUGACAGCAGCCAAUAUGGGUUUUGCGAUUGGAUCGAGCAUACCAUCCCGCUAACUCGCCAACCGUAUCGGCCCCAUGGACCUCGAAGGAUACCAAUCCACCUGGAGGCUGAAGUGAACAGGCAAGUGCAGGAAAUGCUGGACGCGGGCGUGAUUGAGGAGGCACAUAGCCCGUACAACUCUCCUGUGGUCUUAGUGAAGAAGCCGAAUGGGAAGUACCGAUUCUGUGUCGACUUCCGAAGACUGAAUGAAAUUUCCUUGACUCGUUUCGUUCCAGUUCCAUCAGUUGCUGAUAUUUUUGAUCGGCUGCAGCAGUCGAGGAUAUUCACGGUCCUGGACUUGAGAUCAGGAUACUGGCAACUGGCAAUAAAACAGGAAGAUCGAGAGAAGACGGCGUUUACCGUUGGUGAGAAACAGUAUCAGUUUAAGAGGAUGCCCUUUGGAUUAUCAGGAGCCCCGUUUACCUUCCGACGUCUAAUGCUGCGAUUGCUGAGUGAAUUGGAAAACGUGGUGGUGUACGGGGAUGAUAUCGUGGUGUAUAGCCAAUCAGAAGCGGAACAUAUCCAUCAUCUCGCGGCAGUUCUGGAACGCAUUCAGCAGUCGGGACUUCGGAUAAAUGGACCAAAGUCCCAGAUCGGAAAGACCUGUGUCACCUUACUGGGUCAUAAAGUGGGACAAGGCGAACUGAAACCGCUACCUGAGAAGAUAAUGACGAUACAAGGCAGCCCACUUCCCACCUCGAAACGCACUCUCCGUACAUUCCUGGGCCGCGCCGGGUACUACAGCAAAUUCGUCAAGGAUUUUAACACAUUGGCCUCACCCUUGUACGAGCUGUUGAAACAAGAUAGGAAAUUCACGUGGAAUGCAGAAGCUCAACGAGCCUUUGAUCAGAUUCUACAGGAAAUGGGAAGGCAGGAGUUGACCCUGAAAUUGCCCAUCGCUGGUGAGAUGUUCACGGUAGCCACUGACGCCAGCGAUGUCGGGAUCGGUGCGGUGUUGAAACAAAACCAUGGGACGAUCGAAUAUGCCGGCCGAACUUUGACGCCUGCGGAACGCAGAUACUCAACCAUAGAGAAAGAAUGUCUCGCAAUUGUCUGGGCGUUAGAUAAAUGGCGGCCAUAUCUCCUGGGUCAGCGAUUUCACGUCGAAACAGACCAUAGACCGUUGGAGUGGAUUAAGUCUGCCAAAGACCCCAGAGGAAAACUGGCGAGAUGGGCAUUGCGCUUACAAGAGUAUGAUUUCACGAUAAAACACGUGCCGGGGAGGGAAAAUCAGACGGCGGAUUUUUUGUCACGCAUGAUAGAUGAGGAUGACCUGCCGAGCGUAGCUUUCGGUAUUAACGGUAUACUGUGCGAGCAGGAUCCAGAACGGUUGGCAACCGAGCAACGUAGCGACAAACUCCUACGCAAGUUGAUCACCGCGCGAUUAACUGGUCAGACAAACUUCAACAAAAACCAACUCAAGCAGCUGGGACCGUUUGCAAAAGACCUGGGAAAGCUGCAAGUGAACGAAGCAGGGAUCUUAAUGUGGAUACCAGGAGGUAGCAACCCUUCGGUGCCAGUCAUUCCAAUGAAACGAAGACGGAAUCUAGUAGUUUCUUGUCACGAGAUGGCGCACACAGGUUGUUCCAGGACCUACGAUCUGCUGAAACAACGCGCGUAUUGGCCGGGAAUGAAAAUGGACGUUGAGAAGUGCGUACUUUCGUGCCGACAAUGUCAGCUCAUGAAAACGGAUUGCCGAGGAAUGCAGCAGCAAACGAUGACGAUCCCGGUCUCGGAAAUUGGUGAACUUUGGUCGGUCGACGUGAUGGGGCCGUUUCCAUUGACCAGGCGUGGUAACCAGUACAUUUUAUUGAUGACGGAGCACUUCACGCGAUGGAUUGAGGCGACAGGCAUCCCGGAUCAACGGGCUAGCACCGUUACCCAUGCUGUCAUGAAUCACUUGGUAGCGGCUCACGGAAUCCCAAAGGCCAUCUUAACAGAUCAAGGGCCGUGCUUCGAGAGUGAAGAAUUCCGGAACUGUUUGGAGAAACUUGGCAUCAAGAAAUUGCGCACCACCCCAUACCACCCGCAAACAAAUGGCCUGACGGAACGUAACAAUAGAACAAUCAAGGAGUGGCUAGCAGCAAAAGGUGGAGACUGGGAGGAAGCGCUGCCGCUACUGUUGCUGACCCAUCGAGCAACCAAACAGGCGUCCACAAAGAAAUCACCAUUCCAGUUGAUGUACGGUCGACAACCUCGUCUACCUGUGGACCUAGAGAUUGGAAUGUGGCCAACUUGCCGUAUAUCUCCCGAGGAGACACGUAAUAACCGGAAGACCGCCAACCGCAACCUACAGGCGACUCAGGCGCUGAGGAUGGCGAAGUUCCAGACCAGCAAAGGUGGAAGGAAUAUCGAGUUUCAGAUUGGUUCGAAAGUGAAGUACAGGGACCAUCAACGCUAUCCCACUUGCGGCCCAGGGGAGAGGAAACUCCUAGCGAAGUGGAAAGGACCGUACGAGGUAAUCGACCGGCGAGGCCCAGUGUAUACAAUCGCUCGGCAAGGUGAAUCGCGGAGGGUGAAUGCCAGCGAGCUGAGGAAGUGGUACGAAUUGGAGGAGGAAACACGCUCGUACAGUGAACAUCCCCGGCGGUCAGAAAGACUCCGACGGAAGGCAGCUGACGCGAAUCCUUUGGAGGGGAGGAGUGUGGUGGAUUGAAGGUAGAUACUACUGAACCGGAUAUAAGUAGUGUGAUGCAAGCUGACACACCAACAGCGAGCCUUGCCGACUUCCCCAAAGUUGAAGAUGACCUCAGGAUUCCAGUUCCAUGUGCACGAGGAGUAAACACAGAGACGAGCACCAGUUGGGAAACACUCUAUGGAAAUCACGCGGAUGAGCGGACGCCUCCAAAGUAACUGUAUGGAAAUCACGCAGAUGAGCGGACGCAUCCAAUGUAUGAACGAACACACCUAGUAUAAGCCACUUUAGUAAUAAACAAUUACCGCCUGC